GAAAAUACAGUCAAUGUGAUUCUACAUAUAUAGGAAAUCAAAAUGUCAGAGAAAGUACAUUCUGAAAACAACAUUUUGGGUAUGCUAUGUUUUUGUGUUUAGCUCUUGUCAUUACAUACUGCCAACAAGGCCUACCUUGAAUUCAAAUGUAAAUACGAUUACUCUCCCUACCACUAGAGGGACCCUAAGUAUCACUUGAAGUAGUAGAAUUGUUUUAUGACAAACAGGUUCAGACUCCACUUUAUAUACAGUAUAUCAAUUAUGUAUUUAUCGUCUUUGUGUGUGUGUGUGUGUGUUUUUGCCUAAAAUAUUAGAUUUGUUUUAGAUCUAAGCAGCGGUGAAAUGUCCAACAGCUCCAGAAGGCGGCGUCAUGUCAGCCAUUCAGCCAGUUUCAAUUGGACUGACGGUGUUGACGCAUUUCACUUUACCCGGAGAACGGUAACCUGUUCGGAAAAUCGCAGUGUAGCGGCAUUUACGGUUAUGCUCUCUUUAAAGUGGAAGGAUGGUGAGUACGUGGACUCUUCGCGUGAUAAAGGGGCUGCUCAUCGUCUUCCAGUUUAACAUCGUGGUCUUUAGAAUCUCACCAGUCAGUGGUGUCCACCAAACUGACUCACAAGAGCCUCCUCAUGCAGAGAGUGGGCUGCAAGGACCCACGUCCAGGGCCUGGAUGUGGCCAUCCAGGCCCCUGUCGAGGGCCCCUGGGUAUGCUGCAGACAAGAGGAACCACUACAGAGACCAGCACCAAACAGAGGAGUCCGAUGUUGACCUGAUGAUGGAGGAGAGUCAUGACAAUACCUCACAGAUUGUGGACACUGAUCACACAUACUACACGUCUAAGACCUAUGGUCUGGGAGACGUAGCUGGAAAAGAGCAUUGGGUGAAUGUGGACCAAAUGGAGGAGGGGGAGUGGAGGGUCCGUGGCUUCCUGUCCAACACCUCCAGACAGGCUGAGAGGGUAAAUCUUUCCUUUGGCUUUCCCUUCUAUGGACACAUACUGAAGGAAGUUACAGUGACAACAGGAGGUUUUAUUUACACAGGAGAUUUGAUCCACCGGCUGCUGACGGCCACUCAGUACAUCGCUCCACUCAUGGCUAACUUUGACCCCAGUCUGUCCAGAAACUCAAGUGUGUUUUACAUUGACAAUGGAACUGCGUUAGUGGUCCAGUGGAAUCAGAUCCAUCUCCUGAAUGUCAGUCUAGGAACCUUCACCUUCCAGGCUGUCCUGCACAGCGAUGGACGGAUCAUCUUUGCAUACAGAGAGAUUCCAAUUGACAUCAGCGACAUCAGCACUGAGAACCAUCCUGUCAAAGUGGGAUUGUCAGACGCUUUUGUUGUGCUACAUGAACUAGAGCAGAUUCCCAAUGUUCGGAGGAGAACCAUCUAUGAGUAUCACAAGGUUGAAAUCAUCAAGUCCAAAAUCUCCAACUUGACAUCAGUGGAGAUGAUACCACUCCCUACCUGUCUGCAGUUCUCCACCUGUGGUCCAUGUGUGACUUCUCAGAUUGGCUUUAACUGCAGCUGGUGCAGUCGUCUCCAACGAUGCUCCAGCGGCUUUGAUCGUAACCGUCAGGACUGGGUUGACCUGGGCUGUCCAGAGGAGAGACGGGAUCCACGCUGUCUCCGACCUGCAGACGUCGCAAACAAAACAUCUGGCCCCCUGAUGCACACCAGCACCACCGCUGUCACCACUGCUACAGUGCAGCGGCGGGCCUUCAGCAUGACCUCUGACCCCCCUUCCAGGACCGCCACAGUGAUGAAUCCUUACACAGCCAGCAUCACGUCUCCCCCACCCUCUGCUGCCAGCGGACUCUCAGAAGGCAACCACAGUGAUCUAAGAGAGAGUGAGGAGCAGCUGCAGAUUGGCCUCCUGACAGCAAUCGUCACAGUGAUGGUCGUCAUGGCUACAGUUGUCCUCCUGUCCCUUCAUAUAUACCACCAUCCGACUUCCAGCCUCAGCCUCUUCUUCAUAGAGCGGCGACCGACCCAUUGGCCAAUCAUGAAGUUCAGACGAGGAUCUGGUCGCCCCUCAUACAAGGAGGUGGGGUGUGCGGGCCUGAACAAAGACAGUGCUGUGGUCAUUGACCCCAAACAGACUUUUGUGAUGUCAGACAGGAGAGAGAGUGAACAGAAGGAUGGAUUCAUAGUUCCGGAUCAAAAGGAGCGCUUCCUGGUUUCUGAAAGCUCCUGACCAAAACUACACAUCCCCAAUGUAGCACCUGGAAAGGAUCUACAAAAGGACAGCUUUGAAUCACUCACACACUGGGAGAACAGAGGGGGUUCUCCAGUAGAACAGUAGGUCUGUCAUGUUUGAUUAUCAGUAUUGAGGCACGGUGCAGGUUUAAAAGACAAAAAGUGAUUUUUUUUUUAACGUCUCUCAGGUCAUUCACUUGUGUGUUUACUGCUGCCUUUGUUUUGACAUCAUUUUCCCUUCCCACACAUACUUCCACAAGAAGGAAUGUCAUAUUUGGAUGUCAACUCCCCACCAUAACACCCACCUGUAGGGAGACUCUUCAUAAUUUCUGUACUGCUGUACUACUAGAAAACAUCUUCAUUUACAUGCAACUAGAAAUAUACAGGUAGAAAUAAUUUAAAUUUUUUCUGUCAUACCGCAUGAUACAUGUAAAAACACUUUGGAAACUCUUUAGAGAUUUUAUUGAGGUGUUUUGUAGACUGUGGUUAAGUCAAUAUCAAUCAAAAUAAGUAACCUUAUAAUAAUGAAAUACUUAACAACUAAUCCCUUUAACAUAAUCUUUUAAGUUUAUUUUAUAUAAAAUACAUUUUCAUUAUUUAUUUUUAAAGCCUUUAAAACAAUUGUCACUUCUUUUAUUAACCAAUGUGACAUUAAACUAAUGUCUGAAAACCUGUUAUUUUCUUAGAGUGUAGUUCUCGCCAAAGGCUCAAGAAGAAUAAAACUACGUAAACAGAAAGUUAUGAAGGGAUAAGGGGCGAUAGAAUGAAAAAAGAGCAAGAGCCAAUCAGAGCUCUGGAUAAUGUUUUGAAGGCGGGGCGUUUGGUCGGAAAUCCAAUCAUGGCGAAUGUGCGUCCGGAAGUAACAGGCGCAAGACUGUUGUUGUUGAUCCACUAAAACAUGGUCGGUUAGUUAGAGAUAUUGAGCCAAUUCAUCACUAAUUUUUGGAAAACACAAGAUAAUUUAAACCGUGUGGAACGUCCGUUUGAGGAAAAGGACAUCCGUCUGAAUGUAUCUGCAUUCACGUCACUCUGACAUUCAGAUUACGACAAGUAGUUUAUAUACAGGUGAA